AUGAAGAAUUUGUUUAAGUCAAAAGAUUUAUGGGAUCUUGUGCUAAAUGAUGUGCAAAUUGGAGAAGAUGAAGGGAGAAAUAAUGAUAACAAGAAGACGGAUUCAAAGGCUUUGUUUUUCAUUCAACAAGCUAUGGAUGAUAGUGUAUUUUCAAGAAUUUUUAUGGCAGAGACAUCAAAGAAAGCUUGGGAUAUUUUGGAGAAAGAAUUUCAAGGUUCAAUAAGAGUAAAGACACAAAUAUCUGAUGAGAAGGUAGUCUCCAAAGUUCUAAGGAGUCUUCCAACAAAUUUUGAACAUGUAGUGGCUGCUAUUGAAGAAUCCAAAGACCUCGUUGGGUAUUCUUUUGAUGAAAUGAUGAGUUCAUUGAUGUCUCAUGAGGAGAGAAUAAACAGAAGAGAAUUGAAGACAGUUGAAAAGGCAUUUCAAGUGAAGGAAUUUUCAACUAGUGGCAACAAAGAAGGAGGUCGUGGAAGAGGAGCAGAAAGUGCUUAUGUAGGAAGAGGUGGUCGUGGUGCUUUUCGUGGAAGAGGGUUCUAUGGAGAUAAAAGAUCAAGUGGAGGUCAAAAGCAAUGUUAUUAUUGUAAGAAGUUUGGUCAUAUUGAGACAAAUUAUUGGAACAAACAAAGGAAUCAAGAAGACAAAGAUAAAGUGCAGUGUGAUUUUUGUAAGAAGUUUGGACAUUCAGAAGAUAUAUGUUGGUCCAAACAAAAACAAGCCAAUAUUGCGGAUAAGACAACAGAUCAAAAUAAUCUAUUUAUGACACAUUUCCAAGGUGAUUGUGAUAUUUCAGAAAUUUGGUUCCUUGAUAGUGGUUGUUCUAAUCACAUGACUGGAAUGAAGUUUUUUUUCAAAGAGAUUGAUAUGUCAAAGAAAUCAAAAGUCAUAUUUGGUGAUAAUAAUGUUGUUCAAGUUGAAGGCAAGGGGAGCAUUGUUGUUGGGACAAAUGAUGACAAG